AUGGGGAAGUUGAAGGAUCUGCUGGCCAGCUAUACCCAGCUGGUGCGAGGUGCUCAAUACCUUUACAGUCUCUUGGAGGUGGGCGGCAUCCUGGUAGGUCUGGGAGCUCAGAUCCAGAUGGCGAAGCUGGUUUCCACGGAUUCCGAAUCUCGUGUGUUGAAAUCAGAACCUGGUGCUUCCGGAUUCUUCAUGACUCAAUGGAUUUGUGGCAAGAGAAUCUAUGCAAGCGAGAUUCAGCCUGGAAGAGAAAGCAUGCAACGGAAGAUGCCGCGGACCAUCAAGCGUAAAGAUGCUCGCAGCGACGUUUGA